CGAUCCUGGACGAUACUAUUAGCUAAUAUCAACAGAGCCGCUAGAAGCUUUCCUUUUCUGCUUGCUUUCUCUUUUCUUUUGCUCGUUUGCUUUCGUAUUUUGAUUUUUUUUUUUUUUUUUUCUUCGGUCUUUCCCCCCAAUCACCUUCCCCAGUCUGAGCCUUUUCGAUACACAUAUCUCCUCUUCGAUAUUGCGUCGGGGAAACGUCGAUGCGAACCACCUAUACAUACUUGAUCGGGUGCCGAGAGAUCUCCAGAUCGCACCAGGAGAUCACUGCGUAGAAUUGUCUACAUCGGGCGUGAACGAAUGAUGACGGUCAUACUGAUCCUCGGUCUCAUUGCCCCUCUGCUCGCAUGGGCCGCUAACGAUACAGCUACAGUCACUCCUCUGACAACUAGCGAGCAGGCUUGGUGGUACAACACGGAGGAAACUACCUGGCAGGUAAUCACCUGUAACCAUAAAGGCGAAACCUAUGUCUCCAGGGACGGAUAUGGCAGAUGCUGUAAGGACAUAAAUGCGGACUGUGACAUGAAAACAUCUUGUUCCAGAAGUGUCACUGUCCUCCAUGACAACGGCUCAACCUCCACCUGCAAACCGGGAAGUACAUGCGUCUAUCUGACAGUCAGCGAGUCCCCAUCGGCGACGGAACCCCAUAUUGUCGACAUAUUCUGUGAACCAACGAAUGAUAACUGGCCCGAUGUGACCUACCACGCUUACCGCACGCCUUUCGCCCAGGCGACUCCCGGCUCCUCCAUUCCCUCGUCCACACCCACGCCAACAUCCCGCGAUCCCAAAUCACCUCCCGACGACGAGAGGUCAAACCGGGCCUGGAUCGCGGGCGCCGUGGUUGGCCCCGUCGUGGGCUGUGCCCUCGUCGGGUGCUUGGGCUUUUGGCUCGCCCGGAGAAAGCACGCCAAUAAACAGCAACCCGUCGAUGCAGAUGCCACUAACCAGCCCUCCGUGUCGCAGUAUGACCCGCACACCGGACCGCGGGAGCUAGACAGUAAAGGCUUCCCCGCAGAGCUACCUCAGCCGUACGAGAGAGUCGAAAUGCAAGGGUCUACUGGGCCCCCUCCGGCGGAGCUCAUAGGGUCCGAGCCAAGUCCUCGAUGACCGUACCUCAUUUGAUAGUGACGUUUCACGUAUGCCCGUCGUGGUUACGCGUGAUACUCAGUUAUGAGUUGGAAAAUGCACAAAAUGGCCGGCAAAUGACAACCGGGAUAAUGGCAUAUAGCGAAUAUUUCUUUUGUCCCUUUCCUCUUUAUUUUUAUUCAUUUUACAUUUAUGGUGUCUUUCAAGGGCGAGGACGAAAUGAAAAACUUCACACUGUAUAUAGUCUCAUUUCACCCGGAUACAAGAUGGGCUUGCUCUUAUUGCUACAAAAAGUGGUAGUAACUUGCCUAUUCAUUGCAUAGAAAAGGAUACAGUGAUUGCAAGAGUGGGGCACCGACAGAGUACAACAAUUUCCGUUCUUCUAACCCACUGACCAGUAUCGUUUAUCUUCCAAUGAAGUGGAUAAUAUUCAAGAGCAUCAGACUGAUCGAAG